CCCGGUGCUGGCAGGGGAAGGCUGCGAGAGGGACGGGCAGGAGGAGGAAGAGGAGGAGGAGGAAUAAUGAAGCUGACCCGGCACUUUGUUCUGAGAUUAUUUGGAUUCCUGUUGACAUCCUUGGCUGCUUGGUAUUUGGGAUACUUUCUUGCUGUUCAUGUACCCCAAAAUACAGUAUCUAUUGCUGCACUUCAAGAGAUUGGAAAGAAACCAGUGUUGAGGGCCCCAGCCCCCAGAAGGCAGAAGUGUGGCCUCUGGGCUCCCUGCCCACCUGGGAACUUUGUCUAUCGCAUCCUCAGUGGUGGUGGCAAACAGAGGAGGCCUAAAAUUUGUUUUGAGGAUGAGGAGCUUAUAAAUGAAGGGAAUUAUGAAGCUGAAAGUGGCAUAAUCAUUGCCAUUGUGAAUUAUAAAACAGGAGAACUCAUUUCGACAAAAUUUUUUCAAAUGUGGGCAAGAGACCACUCAGGGGAGAUGAUGGAUUUCAUCAGGAAAGCACCAGAAGGGACCCUCCUUCUGAUGGCCACUCAAGAUGAUGGCAGCACCAGGUUGAAAGAUGGCGCCAAAAAAUUAGUAGAAGAACUGGGAAGUAAAGAAAUAAAGAAUAUAAAGUUCAGAUCAAGUUGGGUUUUUAUAGCUGCCAAAGGCUUCACUCUGCCACAUGAUAUCCAAAAAGAAAAGAUAAACCACUCUGACCAGACAAAGAACAGAUACAAAGGCUGGCCAGCUGAAAUCCAAAUAGAGGGCUGUAUCCCAAGAGACCUGAUCUGAACAAAUGCAUACCUCAUUAAUAAAGACAAUUCUAUAUUUUUAUACCUAUGACUGUAAUGAAUUGCCUCCAGAACUCAAUAAGCAUAUGAACACCAAUUAUACAAGUCAAAUGCACAGCUUUUAAACUAUCUUCGCUCUCUGUGGUUUUAUUCUAAUCUGAAAGCAAACAGGUAUUUUGAUAAGAAGUGAAAAUAAAAUAGUCUGGUUUGGAAA